UUUCAUCUAUUAUUUGACUUUAGUGUAUUUUUUGUUAUUGUUGUAUUCGCGCAUAUUGUAAAAAAAUAGAAAAUAUACAAAAAUAUAAAACAGUGAAGUCAUUUGUUAAAAGUUAACACAAAGAAUAGGUUCUCUGCUAAAAAAAAAAAAAAUAAUAAAAAAAUGACUACUACCGAAUUGAAAAUUGGCUUGACCAGCAGUACCCGUCCUUCCAGUCGUGUCUUGAAACCUCCAGGCGGUGGCCAUUCAAAUAUUUUCGCCGAACCUGAGGUCAGUGUGAAUGCACCACGACCCAAAUACAAUCAACAAAACUCUUCCAAUUUGAAUGCUUGUAUGGGUUCCACUGAUGCCAACGUAGCUGUAGAGAAACUACGCGAAGAAGUAUGCCACAAAAAAGAUGACACUACUGCCAACAAAGGUGAGAAAUCCGAUACCAAAUCCAAUACUUCAAAUGGUACUGGUGGUGGCAAUAAUGAUGCUAACAAUGCUGCCAAAACUCGAGUACCACCUGGUGGACAUUCGUCGGGUGGUUUCUGGUAAAGCUUCAAAAUAGUCUCACCUUAUUUAAAAUAAUAACAACAACAACAACAAAACAGUCAACAAUGCAGAAAUAAAUAUUUUGAAUUAUUCGUAACCGUAAAAGAUAACAAACAACAACAACAACAAAAAAACGCAUUUAUAUACAAAUAUUUAUAUUUUGUUUAAUUUCUUUGUGCGUCUUUAACUUCAAACCAAAUUUUAACAUUUUAUUAUAACAACAAAAAACAAAUAAGGAAACAAACAAACAAAUAUGUAUUCAGCUCUCUGCGUAAAUCUCUAUAUUUAAAAUGUUCUACUAGUUCUAAGUCCUGUUUAAAUGUUUAAUUUAAUAUGAUAUUAAAUCAUUAUUAAGUUAUUAUUUAUCUAUUUCUUUCUUAUUUUUAUUAUAUGUAUACAUAUGUAUUUAGGUACUUGCUAUUUAUGUUUCUUAUUAUUAUUAUUAUUCUUAUAUAAUUGAGUAUUAUUAUUUGUUUUAAAAUGUUUAAUAUUCUUCCCUCCCUAAACAUAUAUGUUUUUUUCCAACAACUGCUGUGUAAUUCUUAUUUUAAAUUUAAUCAUAUAGACAACAAAUAUGCAAACAACAACUGUCUGGUUUUUAAACAAUUAUUUGGUACUUAAGCCUGCUUCUAAUUCACUUAAUAAAAAUAAAUAAACUAUUGAUAUUUUAUUCCUUAUAUAAAAAAAUGCUUUUUUAUUUGGGUUAAAAUGUAAUUAUAUUAUAAUAUA